AUGACUCAGUCGUUAGAUGCCGCUUUGCAGCUCUUCACUGUUACGCAGGAAGACAGCACGUCACCCACUUAUGUCGCAGAGUCGACCGUCCAGCCGGUCGUGGCUCUCUUCGCAUCCGACUGCAAGCACCCGAACCGCGAGCUGCAAAAGCUCCUGAUGCCAUUGAUGUUCUUGUUCCGCAACCGCCACGACAUUACGCUCGUACACUCACCUUCAAGUGCCAGUGCAAGUCCAAGUCUCGCCGUGUUCAAGCACGGCCAGAAAGUCGUCACGGUCACAACCGACGGUGGUGAACUCAAGGACCGCGUCCACAUAGUGGUGGCCGCGAUCGGCUGGAGUCCCGACUGUCCCGACGAGACGCAGCUGCCCAAUUGCCUCCACCCCAUCAACGCCGAACAAAUCCUGAGUGACGUCAAAGCCUUCACCAUUGCGGCCGGUCAACGUGACUACGUGGCCAAUGCAGCCAACGUCUCGUCCAUCAUCUGGCACGCGUUCAAGGAGGCGGGACGGCCGAUCAACUGGUCGGGUUUCUACUUUGUUCGGCCGCUCGCUACGCCCGAAACAACGAGCGGCCACGAUCACAUCCUCGUCCUGGGACCGUUCAUGGGCAAACCGGCCUGCAGUCGCAUUCGCUUCCAGAGCGGCGUCUGUGGCGCAGCCUGGCGAAGCAAAUCCGUCCAGCGCAUCGCAGACGUCCGCCUCUUCCACGGCCACAUCGCGUGUGAUGGAGACUCCCAGUCCGAGCUCGUGGUGCCCAUUGUAAACGAGCUCGACGACGCGGUCGUUGCAGUCGUGGACCUCGACUGUCCAGUCCCUAACGGAUUCUCCGCCGAAGACGAGCGCACGGUCGGUCAAGUGGCGCGACUCCUGGCCGACGCCUGUGACUGGACCAACCUCCAGCUGCCGUUCACGACGCAAUCAUAG